AUGUCAAAAAAAGUACAAGUAGCUAUUACACUUGUAGAAUCUGGUAUUAUUGAUGAAAACUAUCAUUAUGGACCUUUUUCAUUUACUGGUUAUUCAACUAUUUCUUUUUUACCUGGUUAUCAAUGUUCUUGUAAUAAUAUUCUUUCAGAAAUAGUUGAUAAUCCAAGUAUGGCUAUUUUUACAGUAUAUACAAAUUUAUUCAAAACUAAAACCCACUAUUCAGGACCUCUUAUAAUUGGUAAAAUUAAAAUCUUCGUAUUUGAAAUUGGUUCGUCAUUACAACAAAAUUUAAAAAAAAGAGGAUCUGGUUAUAAAUCAUCACUAAUUCAUGAAUAUCAUUCUAAAAACACAUUAUUUGUUUCAACUAUAGAUGAUUUAAACUAUUCUCUUAAAAUAUAUCAAGAUUUUCAACUAAUAAAUCAUAUUAAAAAACAAACACCCAAUGAAUUUUUUGUUAAUUGGGCUAAAAAUAAAAGCAAAAUAAUAGAGUUAGUUACUAGCUUGCAAGAAAUAUAUCUAGCACGUUAUCAGUUUACUAAUAGAGAAUUUAGUGCUUGGCAAACUUUAAUUUGGGCUGCCAGUGGAUAUAAUAUAACUCCAUAG